CACAUUCGCAAAUAAACAAAUGAGCUGGAAUCAAUUUCAAAACCAAAUUUUUAUUUCCUAGUCAUCCGUAUUCACAAGUUUCCAAAGGUACGAAGAAAAUUUACUGUAUAUAUAUAAUUGUAAGCUCAAGAAGAUCAAGGUGGGGCAUUAAUAAGUGCUAAGGUUUUCUCAAAGACGCAGGGGUUUAUCAUUAAUGGAGAUGCAUAAGGCGGCAUCGUCGAAAGGCGUCGCCGUCAGGAUAAACCUCGCCUUCCUCGUCUUCGUGUCGGUCACCUCCCUCGCCCUUCUCGUCCUCUGCUCGACGGCUCUCAUCAACAAAAAUGCCGCCUCCCUCGCCUGGUGCACCUGGAAUGAUUGCCGCGCGAUGAAGGUGGAAGAGGGAGUGCUGAAUAACAUAAUGAGAGAAAGUAGAACAGAAAAGGAGAGAAAACGGAGUUUCUUUGAAAGCUUACGCAUCGCGGACAAGAGAAUCGGCCUGGUGAACAUAGGCAAGAACGAAUCAGUUGAGCUAGGGAUUGACGAAGCAUCAACAGUGGUCGAAUUCGAGCGCGUGCCAGAUAAUUUGAAAUGGACAGACCUGUUCCCGAGCUAUAUCGACGAGGAGAGUGGGCGGAGCGCGUGCCCCGAGAUCCCGAUGCCGGUCUUUUCGGCCUACGAGGAGAUGGACGUGGUGGUGGCCAAGGUGCCGUGCCAGAGCCCGAAUCCCGGGUGGUAUCGGGACGUGUUCAGGCUGCAGGUUCAUUUGGUGGCCGCGAACUUGGUUGUGAGAAAGGCGAGGAGGGACGGGUGGGGGACGGCGAAAGUGGCGCUGGUGAGCGAGUGUGAGCCGAUGAGGGAGCUGUUCCGGUGCGACGACUUGGUGGCGAGGGAGGGGGAGUGGUGGAUGUACCAAGUGCAGGUUGAUAAGUUGGCAGAGAAGGUUAGCCUGCCCUGGGGAUCUUGCAAGACUGCAUUGCAGCUUCCGGAAGGAGGUGUAAACGGUGAAUCCAAUAUCUCGAGUCUCGCCUCCGUGACGAGCCCUGGGCAACGGCGUGAGGCAUUUGCAACGAUCAUUCACUCCUCUGAAAAGUACGUGUGCGGCGCGGUCAUGCUGGCUCACUGCCUCCGCAGUACGGGGUCCGCCGGCGACCGCGACCUCGUCCUCCUCCACGACGACUCCAUCAGCCGCCCGAAGCUGCAGGCGCUGGCCGCCGCCGGGUGGACGCUCCGCAGGAUCGAGCGCAUCCACAACCCGCGCGCCAGGCCCGGCGCCUACAACGAGUACAACUUCAGCAAGUUCCGCCUCUGGCAGCUCACCGAGUACGACAAGAUCGUCUUCAUCGACACCGACAUCCUCAUCCUCCGCAGCCUCGACCACCUCUUCCGCCUCCCGCAGAUAUCGGCGGUGCACGACAGCGGAGUCCUCUUCAACUCCGGCGUGAUGGUCAUCGAGCCGUCCAACUGCACGUUCGGAGCGCUCGUGGCGCACGUCGAGGACACUGUCUCGUACAACGGCGGCGACCAGGGGUUCCUGAACGAGAUGUUCGCGUGGUGGCACCGCCUGCCGAAGCGGCUGAACUUCUUCAAGAUGGCGUGGCAUAGCACGGCGGAGAAGAGGGAGAGGCUGGACCGGCUCUUCGCUGCGGACCCGCCGGAGCUGCACGGGAUACAUUACUUCGGGUUUAAGCCGUGGACUUGUUACAGGGACUACGACUGCAACUGGGACGCCGAGUUCAUGCACAAGUACGCAAACGACGAGGGGCACCGGUUGUGGUGGCGGCGGUACGACGAGAUCGAGGAGGGGCUGAGGUGGGUGUGCGGGCUCACGGCGGAGCAUGUAUAUAUAUUGGAGGCACGGCGGAAGAGGGCGGAGAAGAUGGGGUUCAGUGACGGGCAUUGGAAGAUGAAUAUCACCGACAACAGGAAACAAAAUUUGAUCGCAGAAUAGUUAAGUAAAACUUUUCAAAUUUAGAGCAACAUUAAUUGGAACUGAAGAUCGUAUCAGAUUGUCCGACGGAUGCCUGCACAUACCACAACUCAGUUAGCUGAUGGCCAAGUACAAUAACCAUAGGUCACCAGCUCAAGUGAUUUUUCAUUUUUUUAAAGAAAAGAUAUAUAGGAGGAGCAAGUCAAUUAUUUUCAAUUUCAAUUCAGAUCUUUCAUUCUUUUCAUCACUUUGUUGUACCAAUAUUCAGAAUCAAACCAACGUUCUC